AGUCAAAUUCAAUUGAAUUUGUUGAUUCAACUGUGAAAUGUCUUAGUGAUUAUUAGCGCUUAUUUUGCAGUUGCAUGGUUAAAAUCUAAAUUGAAAGCAUUACGAAAUAGUUACGUGAAAGCCAAGAAACCAUCAGCAAGUGGGAGUGCUAGGAAAAAUCCUACGAAACGGUCAACGUGGCUGUUGGAGAAAUUACAGUUUUUAGCUCCCCACGUGGCUUUUAGGGCGUCUGUUUCCAACUUGGAUACGGUGUCAUGUACAACACCUACAUCAGAUCUCAGCACUGUAGAGCUUGAUGACAGCAUUGAAGAUGACAAUUUCUCAAUUGAAAAUGAAUCAUGGGAAAACAAUGAUACUGACACAAUUGAAAUAGUAAAGUCAACAAAAGAACCACUCAAAUCCAGGCAAAUUAACACAAAAAGAGGCAAGCUGAUCACGAAUAUUCCUUGAUAAAAAAUCUUUCUGAUUCAAUUUCUCAAAGAAACAAGAAACCCAAACCUGAUGAAACUUCAAAAAAACAAUAUGAUGCAUUUGGAAAAUAUGUAUCUCAAGCACUAUCAGAUUUGGACAGUGCAACACGUCAUCUGGCCCAACAUCAAAUAAACAAUAUUAUAUUCCAGGCUCAAACUGGAAUGCUAACUCAGGAUUCACAACAAGCAGUGGUGGUACAACCGCAAUACAACCAAUUUCGGCCCAUACAAUCAUAUCACAUUCCCUCGACAAACAACUAUCCCACAUCUCCAUUCAACUAAGCAAGUCCUCCGCUACAUAAUUCCUUUGUCAGCGAUGAGCAGCAAAUUGGGAUGGCUUUUGUCUGGAUGGUCAUCACAAAAAUCAGACGGACAUACUCUGAACAGCCUCAUUUUAGCAGCCGACUGCCUUGAUAAUUCUACUGUCGUAACCGAUAGGGAUGAGUUAACAAUAUCAUUGAAGCGUUUUUGGGAAACUGAGAGCGUUGGCAUUGACUCCUUUGACUCGGAGAACUCACACGAGGAACAAGAUUUUGUGCGAAAUAUUCAAUUCACGCUACGAAGUUGGUCUGCCGUGGAAAAAUGAUCAUGUGCAAAUUGAUGACGAUUACGAACUCUGUCAUAAUAGAUUGAGAUCAUUGCAUCGAAAACUGCUAAAGGAUCCACAAAAUCUUGAAGAAUACAAUAAUGGUAUUACUGAACAAUUGGCAGCAGGAAUAGUCGAAAGGGUUCCGGCAUCUGAUAAGGAUUGUGGUAAAAUUCACUAUCUUCCCCAUCAUUGUGUCAUACGAAAGGAUAAGGUUACUACGAAGCUACGCGUUGUAUAUGAUGGAUCUGCUACGACGAACUUGCGUAACUUUUCACUAAACCAUUGCUUACUGACCGGGCCGAACCUCAUUCCACAAAUCUUUGAUUUGCUCGUCAAAUUUCGACAAAACAAGAUUGGGCUAGUUGCUGACAUUGAGAAAGCAUUCUUAAUGAUUGGAAUUGACAAGGAAGAUAGAGACAUGCUUCGUUUUUUGUGGCUAAGGGAUGCUAGGGAUCCUCAUUCAGAAGUAUUAAAGCUAAGGUUUUGUCGAUUGGUUCUUGGUCUACGACCUUCGCCAGCAAUUCUAGUAGCUACUAUCAACCAUCAUUUGAAGACACACGAGAAGCAGGAGACAGAAACUGUUGAACACUUGAAAAAUUCUCUGUAUGUCGAUGAUUUUGUGUCCGGUGCUGAAACCGAUGAAACCGCUUUGCAAAUAUACAAGGGAACAAGGCAGUUGAUGGCCAAAGGUGGAUUCAACUUGCGAAAAUGGAACUCGAAUUCCAGUAACGUAGUGAAGUCUAUCGAAGCGUUAGAAGGUAAAAAGAAUUUGAGCUUGAUUAGUGACAAGUCAAGCGUUAGUCAAGAUGAUCAGUCCUUUACAAAGUCGACAAUUGCAAAAGAGUCACUGCUCACGGAGCCCACUCAAGUCAAAGUACUAGGAAUGGUGUGGGAUACGGUGGAGGACACAUUUCUAUUCAAUUUGACUGAAAUAAUCGAGUUCGCCAAUUCAUUACCUGUCACAAAGCGAUCGUUGUUGAAAUGGUCAUCUAAAAUCUUCGAUCCCCUUGGAUUCUUGUCUCCUUUUACGAUAAGGCUCAAGAUUCUGUUUCAAAUCAUGUGCUUGGAUAGACUGGGAUGGGACUGUGAACUGCAUGGCAAUCUGCGUGAACAGUGGAACGUUUUAUUGUCAGAGUUAAGGUUUCUAAAAUGAUGUUCGUGUACCGAGGUGCUUUUAUCCACCCCAACCGAAAUACUUUACUGCACAAGUUCAUGGAUUCAGUGAUGCAUCUGAAAGUGCAAUUGGUGCUGUUGUCUAUGUAAGAACAGUUUAUGAGAAUGGUACCAUCGACGUAAAAUUAAUCGCUUCAAAGACAAAGGUCGCACCAGUGAAAAAGCAAACGAUUCCCCGUUUAGAGCUGGUGGCAGCAACUGUACUAGCGAAGUUAGUAGAGUCUUUGUUAAAGGCACUCAAGUGGAGUCUGGAAGUUUUUUAUUGGGUUGAUUCGAUGACAGCACUUCACUGGAUACGAAACGAUCGAGCAUGGAAACCAUUCGUGCAGCAUCGAGUGAACAAGAUUCGAAGUAUUUCGUUGACGGAAUCUUGGAACUUUUGUCCUGGAUCACUUAAUCCAGCAGAUUUACCCUCACGAGGUAUUUCUGGGCAACUACUUUCGAAUUCUUCCUCGUGGUUCAAUGGACCCAAAUUCUUGGCAAGGGACGAAGAAGAGUGGCCAAAACGUCCAGUUGGCAACCUCUCACAAAGUGACGAAGUUCUGAGGGAAAUUGUGAAAGAGCAUCCGAAUGUCGUAAGAUCACUAGUUUCGAAUGAAAUCAAACAACGAGCCAUGCCAGAUCUUAACAAAGCAAUCGACAUUACUCGUUAUAGCUCCAUGAAGCAACUUCUUCGAACAACUGCUUAUGUAAUGAGAUUCAUCAACAUGUUAAAGAAGAUGCCACGGUGCGAGCGAACAACAAACAAACUCACAACCUCAGAAGAACUAAGCUCAGACGAAAUAAGGAAGGCGCAGCUGCUGUGGAUAAGGUCUAUUCAACAACUAUCUUUUGAAAAGGAAAUAUUAUUCCUACUGUCAAAGAAGGUGAAUUCUUCAAUACCCAUUUAUGUUAAGCAAUUUGGGCUAUUUCUUGACGGUGAUCACGUGCUGCGGUGCCAUGGGAGACUGAAGAAUUCAUCGCUGAAUCUGGAGAGCAAAAAUCCUGUAUUGCUUCCAAAGGAAUCAAGAUUUGUGGAGUUAUUAAUAUGCGAGGUUCACCACAAUGUGAAGCACAGCGGUAUUCGUGAUACACUAACAACCAUUAGAGAGCAUUUUUGGAUAAUCCGUGGUCGAGAAGCAGUAAAGAAAAUCGUCAGGAAAUGUGUCGUUUGUCGUAAAGCCGAAGGUCUUCCUUAUGGGGGAACGCCUCCUCCAGAUCUUCCUGUUAGCAGAGUGUCGGAUGAUCCCCCUUUCACAAACGUAGGUUUGGACUUUGCCGGACCUUUGUUCGUACGAGAGAGUUGUGAAAGGAAUAAUUUGUCAAAUAAUCCAACAAAGGUGUAUAUUCUAUUGUUUACGUGUGCGUCUACUAGAGCCAUUCAUCUGGAGCUCACUCCUUCCUUAAGCGUUCCAGCCUUUCUCCGCGCGUUCCGCAGAUACGCUAGUCGACGAGCACUGCCAGCUCUUCUUAUAUCCGAUAAUGCUAAGACUUUCCGAGCUGCAUGCUUAGAAAUUCGCAAGUUAUGUCGUUCUGAGGAAGUGUUACGCUAUCUUGCAAACCAUCAGAUUACAUGGCAAUUUAUCGUCGAAAAGGCCCCUUGGUGGGGAGGCUUCUGGGAACGUUUGAUUCGAAGCGUGAAACGUCCGUUGCGAAAGGUAGUUGGUAGAACCAAUCUAACCUACGACGAGUUGCAUACUAUUGUGGUUGAAAUCGAGGGCGUAAUAAAUGCACGACCCCUAACCUACGUGUACGAUGAUGAAGAAGCUGUAUCUCUUCCGCUAAGCCCGUCGCACUUGGUGUAUGGAAGACGAAUAACGACCAUGCCAAACAGUGAGCACUUUGAAAUUCAGAGCACCUAUCAAUCUUUGACGAGAAAGGCGAAACAUCACAAAAUUUACUGCAACGUUUUACUCUUCAAUGGAGAAACGAGUGGCGAUGGAAUUACACGAGCUGCACAAGUCAGAGUCCUUCGUGGAGACUCUAGUCAUUCACACUUGUUGCGACGUUCUAUCAGGCAACUUAUUCCAAUUGAGGUUCAUCAGGAAGAAGACAGUAACGAAAGAGUAGAGAACGAUAAGAAAGGCGAAGAAGAACAAGUGCUUCGUCCAACUGAUCGACCACAACGCAGCGCGGGAAUAACAGGACAAUUGCGAAGAUUGCAGAAUACAAACAAGCUCUAA